AUGAAAUAUUCUCGUCUGUUACAACCAAUGAAUAGAAUUCAACCAUUAAAAACAGAAUUAUUAUUUAAUAAUUUAUUAUCAGCAAAUAUUGGAAGCGAUUCAAUAAAUGGAACAUUUGCUAGAAUUUGUUGUGAUUCAUUGGAUUCUAUCGAUAAAGGAUAUCCAUAUAGUCAAUCAGAUAUAUCUAUAACAGACGAAAGUAUUUCUUCAAAAUCAAUAGAAGUUUUUUUCCCUGGUGUUGAUUAUUGA